AUGAACGAGGCUGGGGAAUAUGCCAUAUUCCCGCUCACAGUCUUUGAUAGACUGUUCGAACGUACUACAUUCGUCACAGGGUGGCUCAUAGAAGGAACCAUCGACACCGCUGCCCUUGUCUCUGCAUUACAGAGGGUCACUGAGAAAUGGCGGAUGUUAUCAGGUAGACUGCAAUCCACAGAACAGAAUAAUAGCGUACAGUGGUUUCUCAAAAUUCCCCUUGGUCGACUACCCCAUGAUUAUGCGACAUUUAGCUUGACAACUUCGACUUCAACCACUCCUCUCUCGAAAUAUGUCAAGAUCCCAAUACCUUCUGUGUCUACAUCUCUUCCUUUGGACGUGUUCCUCCAUCCAUCUACUCCCAAAAGUUACACGGUUUGGGAAUCCAGCAACCACCCCCUGACAUGCUGGAAUAUUACCUAUUUUCCCGCCGCCAGCAAUGGGGGUGUAGACUACACAUGCAUUGGAUUCGCGAGAAGCCAUGGAAUAUUUGACGGAGGAGGAGCUGCGCUGGUGAUCAACGCGCUCGUCGCAGAACUGAAUGGCCGCGAUUGGGAAGUGCCACCUCUACCUCAGGCAGGACUGAAUGUCAACCCUUUAGACGACGUCCUUGCGCGAGCGGCACAGGCUAUUCAGUAUUCCACUCCAGCUGAUGCCUUUCCUGCCUAUACAGUCGUUGGACCUGGUGGUGUUUUGAAGUUGGCAGCGUCGCAUGUGAAGGAGCGGUUCUGGGCUGGCGCGGAUCGACGCAUAAUCCUAUUGCCAAAAGUUGUUCUAGAUACUCUCGUCGAGGAGGUCAGGUCUUCCCUGCGCAAUGGGCAGAAGACAGUUGAGCAUGUUACCACCGGUGACGUCUUGGUCGCCUGGAUAUUUAAAACGGUUUACGCAUGCAAAAGUAAUAUGUACAAAAAACGGAUAAAAAGUAAUCAACGAUGA